AGUCAUCAUUCUUUUCAAUGUCCAUGGAUAAACACUGAGAUGUGACAGCUCCAAAACCGAUCUGAUCACCGUUUAAGGCAUACUUCUGCAGCCUCCCCCUCGUCGCCUCCGUUCUGCAGAAAAAACCUUCCAAAGUUUUAACAACGGAUUCAUAUAUGCGGACAUCUUCCAGACCACAACCCCUGCUGUGCAUCUGACCCAGCUAGCCUGCAGCCCAACAUCUCUCCAUCGCCGGAAAAGAAGAAACAGAAUUUCACUUCAGACCAAGCCUGUUGGCACCACGGCCGGGGCCGGUCGAGGCACCCGAUUUCUCCCCAGGUUAGGAGCUUCAUAGAGUUCACACUAGAAUUUAGAGGAUAAAAAUAAAUCGUAUGCCUUUACCAAUCUGUUCUUGAGUAAUUUUGGCAUCUAUAAAGCAUUCCUUAAAUAAAUAAGUUUCCAUGGCAGGCAAUGACCUGCCAACUCUGGGCCGUGUCACGCUUGUUGACCUAAUUCCAUCAGAAGGCCUUCCUUCCGAUUCCUACAAAUUAUCAGCCUCUACCCUGUCCCAAUCAUUAGCUCACUAUUCGGCAGCCAUUAUCAAGCUACCCACCAGCGAUGGUGCUCUCUUAAGAUCUUGUCUUGAGUCUGUCCGACUCUACUUUCACCAAAAGCCUUCAUACCCUUCCACAGAUGAAGUGAUUCAUCCCGAUGAUUCUCGGGAGUGGUGCAAGACGUCUGGCUACCAUUCAGAUCCUCAACUAUGGCAAGAAACAUUUGAUUACCGACCAGGAUUAACUCCUACUGACCCCAACGAUGGAGGUGAAUUUCCACCGGCCGGGUUAGCGGACGUGUUUGCAUUACUUGGCAAAACCGCUAGAUACGUACUGGAUGCCAUUAGUUUCUACUUAAACCUUCGCAGCUCACCCUUCACUGAAAUUCUUGAUAAUGUACCUUUGAGGAAUCGUGAGAUAUCAUCUUCGGUUUUAUCUGUUUCAUGUCAUGGAAGGCCAUCCUUUCAACACCAUAAUCUGACGGGUCAAGAUGGUGGUGAUCAGUUGGUUAUGCUAUCGGAUCACGAGCAUCAGGUUGAUAGAAGCCUUUUAACCAUUCUCAAGACAGAUAGGCCGGGAUUACAUGUCAGAGAUUUUCAUGGUCGUUGGGUUCUUGUGGAUGCUGACCUUGGACCACAAGAAGCAAUCAUUUAUACAGGACUUGCUUUGUACCAGGCAACUGCGGGAAAUAUCAGCACCGCUGUUCAUAGGAUGGAUAUUGGCAAUCUGCAGGGGCAUCAUCUGCAUGGAGGAAUAUGUUCACUGGCUUUUAAACUCAUGCCUAAAUCCGUAGCUAGUCUGAACUGUUCUGAGAUGAGAGCUGCUGGUUAUGGCGUUGAAGCUCAUUUUCAACUACCUCUACCUGUAGAUGACUUCAUGCAGCGAUCAACUGAUCAACUUCUCAGUAGGAACAAUUUUCCCACUUUCAGUUUCCCCACCACACAAGACGGAAGUUGGCGGAUCAAUGAAAUGCUGGUUACAGGAUCUAUGAGGACUUCCGAAACAACGAAAAGGAAGAACAAAUCAAGAUCUAAAGCUCUUCCUCCUUCAAAGAGGUUACGGCUGGAGGCACAGAGAGUUCUCAAGGAGAGAGUUCAGGACAUUGCGGAUAAGAAGGGCAUAAAGAUGAAGUUCUGCAACCUGAAGGAUUGUGAGACCCAUAUUCAAUCUACUGACAGCCCGUGUGCUUCCAUUAGGAUGGAGAUAGGGUGGCCACAAGGAGUCCCGUUUGCUCAUCCACAUGAUCUUCCAAACAAGGCAAAGCUUGGAUUUCUUGAGACCUACGAACCUGGUUGGUCUGCCACACAUGACAUGGAGAAUCCAUCUCUGGAGUUUCCAGAAUGAAUUUACAACUGAAGACAACGGUUUUUCAUUUUUUGGUAGCCUGUGGUUGGGUGGGCAACAUGCUUUUGCCUUGUUCUGCAUUGCUAGUAUGUACUAUGUAAUAGGUAGUGCUGUGUUUCACUUAAGGUAUCUUUGUUAUGCUGUAUUUUUAAUGGGCAUUUUUUUGGGGCGGGGGAUAUGCGAAAUUCUGGAAUAAUGUUACAGCUUGGGACUUCACCCAUAGCUUUCUGUAGAUAAGAUCAUAGAAUAUAGAGAUGAGAAAUGUAUAUGGUGUGGAAAUCUGUCUCCUUUAUUAAGUCUGUAACACAGCACACUGUGCAUGCAUUUCAUAAGAUUACAAACACAAAAGACAUAGUGUGUGUAGGGGUGGACCCGGGCCAGUUCCGGUUCGGGCCUGGGCCCAGCCGGGCCUUUUUUU